AUGUCGUUUCGAACAAGCACAGACCUGAAAUUCAAAGACGGCGACGUCGUUGUUCGCAUUUCGGACAGACCGUCCGCCUGCUUUCUGCUUCACAGCCACAUCCUAGGCGAAGCCUCGAAGUACUUCCGACCACUGCUUUCAGAGCAAUGGCAGAAGCAUGACAGUGUCCGGGUUGGUGAAGAGCCGCGCAAAGUGUACAACCUCGACAUGUUCUUCGACACUGCACUAUCAAUGGGUAUACUGAAGCACCAACAGACUCAGGUAGACACAGGAUAUGAGCUACCGGGUGGUAGCGAAGACGUCCUUCUGUCGGCACAAGUUGAUCGAGAUGCAUGGACGCCCGAAGGAGAUUCCACUUUCCUGAAGGAGGUUGUUUGUGAUUGGAAGAAUGCCACGAAUACGACACAGAUGCAUGACGUGCUGGUGAGACACAUGGGCAUACAGGCGAGCACUUUUCCUUUACCAGCACGGAAGCAGUUUUGUGCCCAUGAGGAGCAAGAGAGUUCUUCAGGCCGCUAUGCGUUGCAAAAGGGUUGGCACAACGAUGCUUCGACCAGCGAUUCCUUGGUGUUUGAGGGAGUCGACGACACCUACAUCCCAUUCUUGCGUACAUACGAGACGUUUCUGCCCGAGCUCUGCCACGGUCCACCAGGAGGUAGCAGCGUUUCAGGACAUGAACAGGCUUUAGAGUAUUGGGAAAAGAUCUGGCAAGCAUUUUUCCACAUCAUCUAUGGCUUCGAGGUUCGAUUUCGGCAUCCAGGUAACAUUGUAGCGAACGUCUGCUUUCUUACCACUCUAUACCAGCUUGCAGACUAUUGCAUGUGCUCUGUUGUCCAGCAUCAGGUAAAGCGUGUGAUGUUGGACUUGCCAGGACUUUGGUCAUUUGUGAUGAAGGAGCCAGCAUUCAUGGCGUGCCUGGGUUCGAGACUCGAACAGCACGAUAUAUUCGACGAUGCAGUCAGGCACCUGUCUGCUCAGAGGUUGUUUCGAGCUCAUUUUAGUCUAAAUGGAGAUUGGGCUGCAUACUACUGCUCGCAUGAGCUCUUUGCUCAGGAGGUGUUACCAGAGGUGAGAGUGGCACACCAAAUCAUGCGACACAGCUUCGAACAACGAUUCCUGACGGUUGUGUAUCUCCUGAAAACUAGGCGUCCUCAGUCGUCUGAAGAAGACCAAACGCAUUAUGAUAGUGCCGUGGAUGCGAUCUCCACGAUUCUGCUUGGGACCAAUGCCCAUCUGUCUGUGCCAGACGAGCAGACACCAAGUCUUUCCAGAUGGAAUCUAAUCAAGUUUUUUGAUCUGUGCAAGCUUGCUGCAGUUGCAGACAAGCAAAUUCUGAGCGAUGUCUUCAACCUCGAUCCAGACUCGCCAAUAAUCCACUGCUUACAUGGCAUUUUGACAAAGGGGAGUGUUGGAAGGUUACUUUACGGCUUCACCAGGCCCGUGUCCGACAAACACUGCCGAGACUUCAUGGAACUGGGUUAUGACGAUCUUGAUAUGGACCUUGGUCGGCAUUUCUAUUGGCCAUGUGAAAACUUUGUACAUUAUACCAGAUGGAUAACGACUGAGUAUAGCACCUUUGAUGGAUGCUGGAGGAACAGUUUGGACACGUUAGAACAAACGGAGGCACCCCUGAUUCCAAGCCAUCUUGUUGGACCUGCCACUCACGAUGAGCUCAUGAUGCUAGGCUUGGAUGGUUCAGAAGCAGUGUUCUUACCACAGACAGAACACGACUUCUCUCGAGAGGCAAAGAGGGUACGCACGCUUCGGAAAAAGGAGCGCCGCCGCCUUGGUGUGAAGGAGAGUGCUUCGAGUCUUGAGAGCUUCGGUAUGAGCAUGGAAGCACUGUUUACGGAAGAAGUUGCCGUGAGGAACGAUAGUCCGAGUCGUACAGAAAGUUGGGCGGCUAUGGGCCAAGCCGUGUUGAAGAUGUGUAUUGUCUGUACUUUUGUUUCACUGACGGAUUAUAUGUUCCGGAAGAUGGUGACGAGGUGA